UGGCCUGGAAGGUACAGUGGAGCCCUACUGGAAACUAACAGUAAUGUUCCCAUCAAAUGUUACUUGUCUUGAGAUAGGCAAUCGGAAUCACCUUAUAAGUAGGGAGGCAGGAUUUUAUCUCAAGUAUUUAGGUUUGUUUAGGUUGAUACAACACAUUUUGCCUGAUGCUUUACUGUUUUAGUGGUCUGUUUUCAUUUCCUGCUCCCUUAAGGAACUACAUCAGCCUGUUCGACAAUGUAUAUGAUUAGAGAAUAUUAAUUGAGCCUUUUAUUAACUAAAUGUAUGUCUGUCACGUUAGACAAAGUGUCUUUGCUCUACCCUACAGGUUUUCAUAGUUUUCUUGCACCCCUUAAUGUACCUCUGGUUAAACAGAUAUGUAUCAGUUUGUGUAAAGCUGCACUAGUAGGCCACAGAAAUUCCACUUCUGGAACUUUAAUUUCUCUAGCACUACUAAAAGGCCUGUAUUAGGUCUUGGAGAUUCUCAAAUAAGGCAUUGGCGUUGCAGGUCAAACCAUACCAAAUGGACUUCAGGUAAAGAGACCACAAAGAAAGAAAAUUGAUGACUUUUGUUAAGCAGAACACACCUGGAAGGCAAGAAUUAAAAUUAAGAUCCAGUCAGGCUUCUUUUUGGUUAACACCAAUCCAUUCAUUAGUGCCCCCCGCCCUUUUUUUUACUGUUGUUUAGCCAUUUUAAAUGUUUUUUUAAACCACCUUUUGUCGACAAUGUCCAGAUUCUGAUAUUUAGAAAAUGUGAUGAGACUGGGUAGCCAGGAGCCUUCAUAGAAGUGAAGGGCUAAGGCGAUAAUUGUCUUGGUCUGUCCUGUUGUGUGGAACAUGGAGACUACCUCUGGAGUGGUGGAUUAUUGUACCGUUUGGGGUACUGUAUCCUUGCAAGAGGGUCAUCUGUCAGCUGGUAACUCUUACCAGUGGGCCAAAGUUAUUUACCAAUAUUUACCUCUUUGAAGAAGAUUACAAAGACCUGAGGCUAGCGCUUAGCUCGGUAGAAAGCAAACCACAAUGCCUUUAAAUACUUUAAAGACACCAUCCUAUAGGAGCAGGAGUCAUCUUAUUCCAGAGUGUGAUCAUUUAUAGCAGGAGGGAAGAAAUGAGGGCUGUGUGAAAACGAUGGUCAUUUCUUAUAUUGGAUUUGCUCUGACAGGUUAGGCCAGCAGGGAUCCUGGAGAAGGGAUCAGAGCUCUGUAUAAAGGGGCGGAUAGUGGAGCGCCCACGUGAUACAGUCUUAGAAGAGCUUGUAUGCCCAUUGCUGUCUUCCUUCCGAUGAGAAAUACCUGUGAGCCCAAAGCUUCCCGUCCCUGCACUGAAUAUAAAGAGAGUCAAAGCACACAGUCUGUAGGCUAGAAUAAGAUCUCACUAAUCCUGCUACCAAUGCAUCUGGACCUGUUCCCUGGAGUUUAAACCCCGGUCCUCUGUGUAACUAAGGUUUUUAUACGGUACUUGAUGGUUUACAUAUGUGAUUUCUUUGGAUUCUCACACCAUCUCUGUCAAGGAGGUUGAACUUGAACCACGUUUUAGUGAGAGGCAACAUGUAGUGUACAACAAAAGUGGGGAGGAUGGAUGUUGGCAGUGGGCAGACUUGGUUUUGAAUUUGGGCUCUGGCACUUGGUAGCUUUUAAACUCUUCCAAGAUCUUUUUCUUUUUAACAUUUGUAAAGGGGGUGGUAAGCUUUUUCAUUGGCUGUAAGAAUAGAUAAGAAACCAUGUAAAAUGGUUAACACUGAAUAGUUCAGUCAGUAAAGGUUACUAUACUGACUAUAAGGUAAUAAUAUGAACUGUUAUUAUAAUUAGAGAGACCAAAUCAUUUAUGAGGUGCCUUCUUAUCUUCAGUUUCGUGAUUGUAAAGAUAACGUAUCAUCUGGACUAGCCCUGUACAAAUAGAACAACCUUUGAAAACUGUAGUGUAUAAGACUUAGGCUUCAUUUUUAUUCUUGAGUGUUAAUAUUUUUAUUUGUCAUUCAUGAGCACUUGGCUUUCUGACUGCCUCCAUUCAAAACAAAAAGUCCCAGAUAAGAAAGUACCAUCUGUAUGAGACUUGUCUCCCUACUUAUGUCACCAGCACCUUCCACUGUGGAAGUAACCUGCCCCCCUCUGUUUCCAUCUGGCAAUUCCCACUGGGAGCACAACUGGCCUUACAGCUAAGGAGCCCUCUGCCAGCCCAGCGUCCUCUCAGAUUGGAUCACUUAUGUUCUCGUAGCAACUCGCGUCUGUCUUUGUCAAAAGAACGAAUUGUCUAACAUGUCCAGGGAGUGAUAGUUGAACCCAGGGUAGAGUAAUUAAGAAAUGGAUACAUGAAGAGAAUCUUGUUUGAGAUGGGAUUUAGGUUAGAACUGUAAGCUUCCUGAAGAUGAGGAUCAUAUCUUACUCAUUUUUUAGUUGCGUGCUCUGCAGAGCCCUUGAGGUUUUAUGGACCAGAAAGUACUUUUGGGGGAGGAAGAAGGUGGUGUUGAUCAGGUUUCACAGAUUCCAGUUUUCUGACACUAUUAAAGAAGAUGCCAGACGUCGAACAGCUAUAUGGCCUUCAUCCCAGAUACCUUGAGAGGCGAAGGGUACGGGGCCAUGAAGCUUUUAGCAUUCCAGGAGUCCUGGAAGCUUUGCAGGCAUGCCCAAACUUAGUGGGUGUGGAGACCUCUCAUUUGGAAUUGGUAGAAUCCAUUUGGACAUACAUGCCGCAUGUUCAUAUUUUGGGGAAAUUUCGUAAUCGUAAUGGAGCAUUUCCCAUUCCUCCCGAAAAUAAACUGAAAAUUCCUGUAGGAGCCAAAAUUCAAACUUUACAUUUAGUGGGGGUGAAUGUUCCUGAAAUUCCUUGUAUCCCAAUGCUAAGGCACCUUUAUAUGAAGUGGGUAAGACUCACUAAGCCACAGCCAUUCAAAGACUUUCUUUGCAUCAGCUUACGAACUUUCGUCAUGAGGAACUGUGCAGGACCAACAAACUCCUUGAAAUAUGUCCCUCUAGUAACAGGCUUAGCCUCUGCCCGAAACUUGGAACAUUUGGAAAUGGUCCGAGUUCCUUUCCUUGGAGGGCUCAUCCAACAUGUAGUUGAAGACAGUUGGAGAUCAGGUGGUUUUAGAAAUUUGCACACUAUUGUUUUGGGAGCUUGCAAAAAUGCUCUUGAAGUAGAUCUUGGUUACCUCAUCAUCACUGCUGCCCGUAGGUUACAUGAAGUUCGGAUCCAGCCUUCCUUAACCAAAGAUGGUGUCUUUUCUGCCCUAAAGAUGGCAGAGUUGGAGUUCCCCCAGUUCGAAACCCUUCAUCUGGGAUAUGUAGAUGAGUUUUUGCUACAGAGCAGAAUGGCUAAUGCAGAUCUGGUGAAGUAUGGUUUGGCUGAUGUAGUAGAAAAUCCUGGUAUCAUCACCGAUAUAGGGAUGAAGGCAGUCAAUGAAGUUUUUUCCUGUAUCAAAUAUCUGGCAAUUUACAAUUGCCCCCAUCUACAUAACCCGUACAAUUGGAUCUCAGACCACUCAAGAUGGACUCGACUGGUCGAUAUCAACUUAGUGCGGUGCCACGCUUUGAAGCUGGAUUCCUUUGGUCAGUUUGUUGAAUUGUUGCCCAGCCUGGAGUUUAUUUCACUGGACCAGAUGUUUCGUGAACCACCCAAAGGCUGUGCUCGAGUUGGUCUGAGUGCAGGCACAGGAAUUGGGGUGUCCUCCGCCCUUGUGAGCAACCAGAACUCCAACAACGACAAUGAUAAUAAUGCCCAGAAUAACGCCAACAUCCAUGACAACAAUCACCAUCACCCAGAUGACUCGGAUGAGGAGAAUGACUUCCGGCAAGAUCUCCAAGCAGGAGAGCAGCAGUUUGCAGCCGACGGUAACCCAGACCUUUUAGCUCUCUAUGUAAUGCCUCGUGUCCACAGAAUCUGUAAGGGUGCUUACAAGACGGGAAGGACUCGUAGACGCCGUGGGAAAUCGGCGUUGAACGAGAUGGAGGACAUGGUGCAAGACGAUGGAGAGGUGGUGGCUGAGAGUGGACACGAGACUCCAGCUCACAGGCAGGCAGUUAUUCCCGUGGAUGGUGACGAGGAACAAGCAGGACCCAGUGGUCUUCAGCGUGUGGUAAAGCCAACCCCAAUUACUGUUCAUGAUUCAGAGAGUGAUGAUGAGGAAGACAGCCUAGAACUCCAGGAAGUCUGGAUCCCUAAGAAUGGGGCUCGGCGUUACUCUGAGCGCGAAGAGAAGACCGGAGAGCCCGUGCAGUCCAGGGAAUUGUCAGUAAGUGGAAAAGGCAAGACUCCACUUCGAAAGAGGUACAACUCCCAUCAGAUGGGCCAGUCGAAGCAGUUUCCCCUCGAGGAAAGCAGCUGUGAGAAAGGCUGUCAGGUCACCAGUGAGCAGAUCAAAGCCGAUAUGAAAGCAGCUAGGGAUAUUCCUGAAAAGAAAAAAAACAAGGAUGUUUAUCCCAGCUGCAGCAGCACCACCGCCAGCACAGUGGGAAACUCCAGCUCACACAGCCCUGCUUCUCAAAGCCCUGACUUUGUAAGGACGGUGAACAGCGGCGGCUCUUCCGAGCCUAGCCCUCCAGAAGUGGAUGUGUCCAGGCAGUGUGUCUGCUCCCCCGCUGGGUCAGAGGACUCUGAGGCCAUGGAGGAGGGAGAUGCAGAGAGUUCUGUCUGCCCCAGAUGCUGCUGUCACAGGCCCCAGGAACCCCAAAGGAGAACUAGCAGGUGUUCUGAUGAGGAACGUCCUUCAACCAGCCGAGCCUGUGUUGUGAAUGGCCCGGAUGGUACGAGAUCCGCCUUUUCCUUUAGGACUCUGCCACAAGGGGGGUCUUCAGGCCCAGCACAUGAUGAGAGGACUAAUGGGAGUGGCUCUGGGGCUACAGGUGAGGACAGGAGGGGGAGCUCCCAGCCUGAGCGCUGUGACGUGCAGUCUAAUGAAGACUACCCUCGGAGGUCCCUAACAAGGGCCAGGAGCAGACUGUCCCAUGUACCGCUGGUAUCUGAGUCAGAGGUUGCCAAAACAAAACCACGUCAUGCCAUGAAGCGGAGGCGGACGGCAGAUAAGUCCACCAGCACCAGUGAUCCUGUGAUUGAGGAUGACCACGUGCAGGUCCUAGUACUAAAAUCCAAAAAUCUUGUUGGAGUCACUAUGACCAACUGUGGAAUCACAGAUCUAGUGCUAAAAGACUGUCCCAAAAUGAUGUUCAUCCAUGCUACCAGGUGCAGGGUACUGAAACAUUUAAAAGUAGAAAAUGCGCCUAUUGUAAACCGAUUUGACUAUGCACAGUGCAAGAAACUGAACAUGGAUCAGGUCCUAGACCAGAUACUCCGGAUGCCUCCUGAGAGAAACCGCAUCAUAUACCUACGCCCAAUGCAGCAGGUGGACACACUGACGUUGGAGCAGAAGCUGUUCAGCGGGCCCUACCCCUAUCACAUCUGCAUUAUCCAUGAGUUCAGUAACCCUCCCAACGUCCGGAACAAGGUGCGCAUUCGCAGCUGGAUGGACACUAUAGCAAACAUCAAUCAAGAGCUCAUUAAGUAUGAAUUCUUCCCUGAAGCCAAACGAAGUGAAGAAGACUUAAAGAAAUACCCCAAGUACCCCUGGGGAAGAGAAAUUUAUACUUUAGAAGGUGUUGUGGAUGGCGCACCGUACUCCAUGAUUUCUGACUUCCCUUGGUUAAGAUCACUGCGGGCAGCAGAACCCAACAGCUUCGCCAGAUACGAUUUUGAAGAUGAUGAAGAAAGUACUAUCUAUGCCCCUCGAAGGAAAGGGCAGCUGUCUGCAGACAUCUGUAUGGAAACAAUAGGAGAAGAAAUUUCAGAGAUGCGUCAGAUGAAGAAGGGUGUGUUUCAGCGAGUGGUGGCAGUUUUUAUCCACUAUUGUGACGUCAAUGGGGAGCCAGUUGAAGAUGACUACAUCUGACCCGUCCCUCCUACGUUCCAGCUCUUCGGGCAGAAAGCCACGGGGGCAUCCAGCUGCCAGCAAGCGCCACCAGGACUCGGGGCACGCAGCUGGAGGCCCUGGCUCAGCUUGGAAUAUAGGAACUAUCUAAGGAACAUUGAAGUUGUAUACAAAGAUUUGUACAUAGAGGAGAUAUACAGACACUUCCUAAGUACCAACUUUAUAUCAUAUGUUUAUACAGUUUAAUUUAAAAAUUCAUUUUAAUGAAGGCAGAUAAUUGGAAAGAGUUCAUUUUUCCUGACUUAGUUCUUAAAGUGUCACUUUUUGGCUGAGCCUCCAUUUACUAUAUUCUUAAUGAUCACUGUCAUCCCCUUAAAUCUGUGCCUUUUUCUUCUCGAGCGAAGCAGUUUGAGUAAAUCUGUUGAAGAGUCUUUGUGUCUUGUGUGCUUUUUUGGUUACUAUUAAAACACAGACUAAACCCUAUAGUCAGAAGUGGCUGUAUGUUUCUGUACAAAAUUGUGGUUCUUUUUUUCUCUUGGUAUUAUAGUUACCAUACUUUUUAAAAGUCAAAUAAAAAGACUCAUGAAUUAAAAAAAAACAAAAAACUGAGUUUGAGGGGGAAAUGCAAAAGUUUCCAAAGCAUUUCAGAUUAUUUAUUUCCACAUUCAAUUGUGUAUAUGCUUUAUCUUGAAUAUAAAAAUAAAAAUUUGUUAAAAACUUU